AUGGAGUUUAAUCCGCAAACUGGUACAAUAAAGGGGAAUUGGGUUGAAGCAAUUAAUCGGCUUGCUAAUUUGACUGAUUCGAGACUUGAGAAAAACAAAAUCAAAAAUAUGUUGGAAUACGACUCUAUUACAGCGUUCUUCCCAUAUACAAGCGGUGGCGAGAAAACCGCAGGUAAUUGUAUUGAAUUGUACGAUUUUCCUGAUAGAAUAGUUGAUAUCAAAGAAGCUGAAAAGUUGAAAUUUAUUGUGGAUUUAUGCAUCCGGAAGGCCAAAGUCAAAUCCCCCCGAUUGAAGUUGAACACAACAGUUUCACCUGUUAUUGGUUGUGCUGCUCUUGAUGACAGUUCAGCACUUGAAACAAGAUAUGACAAUGAUAUUUUAUUAUGUGAUGGUUAUUAA